AUGGAUGGACUACUUACAGCUGUGAAAACCGUUACGCGGGAUUCCAGAAUAUCUCUUGAACCCGCAGGGGAGUCUCGUCUUCCGACUGAGCGAAAGACUCUGGCUGAGCAUGACGUCGCUUCUCCCGAGCAUAUUCUAAGUGCUCUAAAAUCGAAGCCAGAUCACGAGCAGCUUUUUGAAAUACUGUCCAAACUGGACCCUGCGAGUGAAAAAACGAAAAUCAAACAUUUUGACAUCAGGGUCCCUUCCCCAAUAACGGCUCAAAUCCUACAAGUCUUAGCCAGCACGACGAUCCCUGAUCACUGGAGCAGCACUCUGAACGCGAGCUCCAAGGGGACUGGGACAAGGUACAAAGCAAGAGCUGCAUUAUUGAGAAGCCUCAGUAGCGUCGCUGGUCUCAACUCUUUAGUGGCGCAGUUACGUUCCUUGAUUGUCGUCUCUCGCUCAACAUCUCGACAACUUCAAAGUUCUGGUAGCAAGCUUCACAUUCAAGCAUUACUCUCAGUUCUUUCUGCUCUGUUGAAACCUGGAAAUUUUAUUUCACGACUACACACGGAUAUGUUGGCCAUUUGUGAUAAUGACACACAAAAGCAAAUCACUUGGAGGGAACUAAUUUCCCUCGUUGCUGCUAGUAGAGUCCUCUCAACUGCAGCAGAAGCACUUACAUCAAUUAGGGAGCCAAACUAUUUGAGCCCAAUUUCAUGGAUUGGAGAAGGCUUUCAUUAUGCGUCCUGGCUGGGCGGUAAUAUUUGCCACAUGGCUUCAAAAAUCGAUCUGUAUAACGAGCUUGGCUGGGAGUCAGCUGCGCUUCUAGCAGGAAGAGCUUUAAGUCUUGGAUAUUCAGAUCAAUUAGUAAGGGAGAUCUAUACUGGGCUCCUCGUCGACCGCAUUCUCCCUGAAAAGUUCAGCUUGCUUCUGGACCAUUUGAGGCCAACGGAACAGCUAGCAAUACUGGAGGCCAUCUUCCGUGAUAUUGAAAAGAAGCAUUUCUCGGAAGAACUUUCUGGAGUGCAAGAAGACACUGCGAGCGAAACAAUAAAUGACAUUGCAGCAUUAUGUGCUGCUGUCAUCGGUAACAGACCAUAUUUAGAAGCCCGUGUUUUAGAGUGGCUUUCAAAAGGCCAAGGCGGCUCCAUUAACACAGCUGGGUUACGAAGAGCGAUAUUGGCUGUCUUUUCGCCUCACAAGGAUGUAUUGACUUCUCUGCUUACAAAGUGUCUUGAACAAUUUGGGGACAAGUUUUACAUCAAGCAUGCGCCUAUCCGGGCUCAGAAUGCGAAUGCGCAAAUUGUCCUCCUAUCUGCAGGUUAUGUCUACAGGCUUGAUGCCGCUUUCGUAGAACAGAUAGGACGCUCGAGUAUUUUCCUCAACUCCAUUUCGAACCGCUUGGCAGCAGCCUCCCCCAGAUCACGGUUUCUUGGAAUGGCUGUGGGAAUGGCGUUAUCCCAGCUGACAGAGCCACCGGGAAAAGCCAUGAGAUUUGAUCACGAAGAAAUGGAGAGUGAUGAGGCGGUUUGGUAUAUGAGCCUUGUCAGAAUGAAGGAUACUGUCGGCUCGUUGGGGUCUAUUGCUUCUAAAACGAAGACAACGAAAAGCUUGCCAAAGUCAAGAAACGACGCAGAAUCUGCGUCGACUUCUCGCUCUCGAGGCCGAAAUAACCCACAAUCUGUCAAAAUUGUGUCCAUAGAGGAAAUGGAUAGCGGGGAGGACGAAGAGGACGACCUGGUUCCUUAUGAGAAGCCCGAUGCUGACCCUUCAGAUUCCGAGGAUGACCCGACUUUAAUCCAGCGCGGAAAGCCGACAGCGCCUGUGUACAUUCGUGACCUUGUAUCAUAUCUGCGCGAUCCCGAUAAUACAGACCGAUAUGAACUAAGUGUCAUCAGCGCUCCUGCUUUGAUUCGACGUAAAACCGGGUUUGGCACAGAAAUCGCUGAAUAUGCAGAAGACCUGGCACUCUCUCUUAUCGGUUUACAGGAGAAGAAUGGUAUUUCAAACUUCCACGAGCUUAAAUUGCAGAGCAUGGUUGCGCUCAUUGUCGCCCAACCGUUGAAAAUGGGAAGAUGGUUCUCGGGAAUGUUCUUCGAUGGGGAUAUUUCUCAGUCUCAACGAUCAGCUAUUCUCACAGCCCUUGGUCUCAGUGCUCGUGAGCUGGCUGGGUACGGAAAGGAAGAUGCGCAGAAUCUUGGACUUCCGACUAUACCAGACACUUCUUUUCCGUCAAAGAAGUUAUCACCGAAUCUGGAAACGAUGUAUCUGGCAGAUGAUUCCCCCAUUGCAAGCCUGACCAGGCAGAUCUCCCAGACAUCUCUUCAGCCCCUAGUAGCUAAUGCGGCGGAUACUCUUUCUGGACCCAAUGCGCUCAAAGUGCGAACAUUCUCCUCACGCAUGGAAGUUGAGAAGAGACGCCAACAACGGGAGGCGCAGAGGCAGAAAUCAACUUUGAAAGAUCGCUAUAAGGUGCUGUCAGAGGGCUUCUUUUACCCAUUAAAGGGCCGAUUUGAGAUCAUGAUGAUGCAGUACUCAUCGUCAACGGCACCCUCGCACAAUCCCUUUUUAAUACCUCAUUUAUUCUGUCUCUUCUUCCAAACCCUGACCCUCAUCCUCUCUACCAUGGGCCCACACAACCCCUUUCUUCCCUCUUACACACAAGAAACACUCACCCUUCUCCUUUCUGUCCACUCAAACCCAGUCGCAAGUGAACCUACCGUCCUCGCUUCUCUCCUCUCUCUCUUCCUGGUCGUGGUGGAUCUGAACGUGGAAUCAGGCUCCUCUGGCGAAGAACGGCUCGUGACCGACUUUGCAACACAAGUGGUAGAGCUACGCGAGUGGGCCAAUGAGAUGUUUAAUCGAAUCCCUGCAGCUACAGGGGCUCCAAAUGAUGCCAAAGAUGAUCCCCAGGAGCAGGCGAGAGUUUUCGCGGCGGGAGUCAUUGUGAAGCUCGGUGAGGUCAUGGAGAGGUAUCAGGGACGGUUAAUGGGUGUCAAUACUCCUCCAGAGUAA